GAGGUAAAAUCAGUGGAAAGUAGUCUUCUUUUAAGAUUUGGAGGUUCGCGGCGUAAAACGGUACCGUUUCUGGGAGAUAGAACAACGCCGUUUUGCUGCGCGCUCCACCUUUACAAUGAUAUAAAUCUUCUGUGCAAAUCUAUAUCAUCUUCUUCCCCGCUCUUUCACAUUCGCAGACCCAACCUAUAUCCAGGUAAUUGUUUACUGUAGUCAUAAGUAAAGAAUUCCGCUUCCCAUUAUUGCACUAUGUGGGUACGAUGCUCCGUUGUUUCUAGUGACAGUGCUUCAGUUUUAUAAGCAAAAGCCAUUACUUAUUCGAGGUCCUACGCUGGAUUUUGGUUUCAAAGAACAUAUAUUGAAGUGAAUAACUGGAUUCAUUUGUUUAUUGCUCUACUUUGGGUCCAAUUAUGGCAGAAAUUUUGGGGAAUUCGAUUUCAGUUAAUUUGAAAUGGGAUAGGUUUGCUUGGCAAAGUAGCUUGUACAAUCCAAGUAAUUGUGAAUAUGGGGUUUGUUGGAGGAGUUACCAUUGUAGCUUGUACAGUAGUUCAGUGAUGAAAAUGAAUAGAGAUCCUGUGGGAAUACGCGAGUUCAGUACUUUUCCCAUGUCAAUGAAGGGGUUUGGAUGUGCACAACGGAAGACAACCCAUUUGAGUUCACUUAUUGGAUCCACUAAAAUGACAAAUUUGCUAGCUAUAUCAAGUUUGGCUGCUAGUAAUGAACCUGGGUUGAUUUCUGAAGAAAAUGAAGAGAAUGAGUUUAUUCAAAGAAGAAAAGAUGAACUUAACAGAGAUUAUUUUGGAGAGCAUUUGCCCCCUUGGGGAAAUUUGAUGGCUCACCACAGAUCAGAUAUGGAUACUGAAAGUACCGCUCAGCCUUCAAUGCUGUCAAGAGAUGUGAUCACUGUUAAAGAAAUUAGGGUACACCUUUUAGAGGAAACAGAUGAAGAAGACCUAUCAAGAAAGAUCUUGAUGCUUAGCAGAUCCAACAAAGUUAGAAGUGCAUUAGAAUUGUUCAGGUCCAUGGAGUUCUCUGGUCUACAACCCAAUGGACAUGCUUGUAAUUCUCUCAUCUCUUGUCUCAUAAGAAAUCAACUACUUGACAAUGCAUUGAGAGUAUUUGAGUUCAUGAAGAGAAUUGAGAUCACAACAGGCCAUACAUAUUCCUUAAUACUAAAAGCAGUUGCGGAUUAUCAGGGUUGUGAUUACUCUCUUAAUAUGUUUAGAGAAUUAGGGGGGUUUUCAGGAGACAGAAAUGACUUUGAUGUCAUUGUUUAUAACACAAUGAUAUCUGUCUGUGGAAGAGUGAACAAUUGGGUCGAGACUGAGAGAAUAUGGAAAAACAUGAAACAAAAAGGUAUUAGUGGGACACAAAUUACAUGCUCACUGUUAGUUAGCAUUUUUGUGCGUUGUGGCCAGAAUGAGCUGGCUCUUGAUGCAUACAGUGAGAUGAUUCAGAAUGGUAUUAAACCAAGAGAUGAUGCAUUGCAGGCAUUAAUUGGGGCAUGCACAAAGGAGGGAAAGUGGGAUUUAGCUCUAAAUGUUUUCCAGACUAUGUUGAAUCAUGGGAUCAGGCCAAAUCUUACUGCAUGCAAUGCGUUGAUAAACUCACUUGGAAAAGCUGGAGAACUCAAACAAGCACUUAAGGUGUUCCAAAUAGCCAAAUCUUUGGGUCACACACAUGAUGCAUAUACAUGGAACGCAUUGCUUAAUGGACUAUACAGGGCAAAUCGAUUUUCUGAUGCUCUUCAGCUGUUUGAGAACAUCAAAAGAGAACAGAGCUCUCAAAUCAAUGAGCAUUUGUACAACACUGCUUUAAUGUCAUGCCAGAAACUUGGUUUAUGGGAUAAAGCUCUUCAGCUAUUGUGGCAAUUGGAAGCUUCUGGACUGUCUGUCUCAACUACGUCUUACAAUCUUGUUAUUGGUGCUUGUGAAACUGCAAGAAAGCCAAAAGUUGCAUUGCAAGUUUACGAGCACAUGAUCCACCAGAAUUGCACUCCAGACACUUUUACCUAUUUGUCUCUAUUAAGAAGCUGCAUUUGGGCAUCUCUUUGGAGUGAAGUGGAUGAAAUUCUAGAUCAGCAAGUUGCACCAGAUGUGUCUCUCUACAAUGCGGCCAUUCACGGAAUGUGUUUGCGAGGCAAGAUCGAGUCUGCUAAGAACCUGUACAUGGAAAUGCGCAGGAGAGGUCUUAAACCUGAUGGCAAAACACGAGCUCUGAUGCUUCAGAACCUGCGAAAGGUUUCAACUAAAGGUCGCAGGUAGUCGUUAUCAAGUAACUCCUGUUGUUGAGCUGACCAACAUUCUUGUUCAUGAACAAAUAUCCAUGCGUCGGAUCACACAGUUACAUUUUCUCAGUUGCAUCCUAAUGUGAUAUAGCGAGGUAACCUUAUUGUAUAUUUGUAUCUAGUUAUCAGCUAUAUGAAAUACUUCAUAAUUUGU